CAAUACAUCGUCAAACCCCGGAGUAGAGACACGCAGGUUUUCUCUCGUAGCAGUCGUCGCUCGUUCUUCACGUUGUUUUUUGUUACAUUUUCUGUGGGAUUCGGAAGAGAAUCUGAAGGGACAACAGGUUUAAGCACUAUCAUUAUCAGCACGUAGUGCGUUUCAGUGACAAACUAGUGUCGUGUCGUGUAAACGUGAGAAGUGCAAGUGAAAUAUUAUCGAGGUGCAUCCGCUUAGACAAAGAUAAUUGCCAUAUUAUUUGGCAGCCUCAAACAAGCGUGAUGACCACGCUUAUCCCAACGUCUCAACCCACCGGGGUAGAGGCGUACGAGGACAUGUUCAAGGAGAUAACGCGUAAACUGUACGGGGAAGAAUCGGCCCAUGGUCUCUAUCCGCACAAUACUCAGGUGGCACAGGUUGCUCAGCUGGGAUCGGGAACCCCAGCCGCACCCGAAGGUGGAGAGCGAUCAUUCACAACACUGGUGUCGGAUCGAAGUUUAACACAAAUUGAUUAUGAAACCACGACCGUGAACGAACAACAGCAGGGUCAACAUUCCCAGUCACAGCAGCAGCCAAGCGGCGCCUUCAAAACGGAGGAUCACCUAACAACGGCUUUCGGACUGGCCGCUCUCAUGCAAAACGGCUUCCCGCCUCCAGGUGCCAUACUGAACCCAGUUAACUUUCCCGUUAAUACGGCGAAGCCUGCUAGCACAAGUGAGUUUGACAUAGAUAUUUCCGCUGCCAGCUCCGACGAUCGCUGGCAACAAACUCAGCAGGUUCAGCCCCAAGAUCCGUCCGGUGAUCAAUCCUGGAACUCUGGAAAACAUUCCUCUUCGUCGUAUGCACAAAAAUCGUUCAAAAAACCUAAGGUAGAGCCACAGGAUAGCUCACCAACCGCAAACGGUGGCAGUACUUUGAAUAUUCCACAAACCGGAUCGGAUAAAAAAGGAAACUUCGGUGCUGCUACGGCAACGGUUGGAGCUGCAACUGGAAAAAGAUAUAGUUGUACGUCUUGCCCCUACACCACGGACCGUAGGGAUUUGUUCACGCGUCACGAAAACAUUCACAAAGAAGAGAAACCUUUUCACUGCUACGCUUGUUUGAAACAGUUCAAUCGUGCUGAUCAUGUGAAAAAGCAUUUCCUUCGAAUGCACCGCGACAUGGAGUAUGAAAUAGCAAAGACGAGACGGAUUGUUAAUUCCAAGACUUAUUACAAUAACGGCAAUAGCGGCAACAGUAUACCUGUUUCUACACCAAUAUCACAACCGGCAAUUUCGCAGCCACAAACAAUUCAGGCCAACACACUGAACAUACCGACGGCCAGCUUUCCAACCCAAAUAACCAUUCCAACCCAUCAUGUCACUGUUGAACACACUUCCGCCAAUAUCUCCACAAACAAUCAUGAAAUUAGCACAAUGAACGGUGCUGUCCACCACGUUCAACAUCAGAACCAACAACACCAACAGCAGCAACAGCAACAACAACAGCAGCAGCAGCCACAACAACCGGCACAAAUAAUUCUUGCCCCACCGAUAGUCGCCAUUAAACAGGAGAAAGGAAGUGCCAUUGUGUCGAAUAACAACAAUAACAAUGGAUCCAAUAGUACUGUCGAUGAGAAGCCAUUCGCUAAAAAAAUCAAAGGCGAAAAGCGAUUCACCUGCUGCUACUGUCCAUGGUCCGGUGCCGACAAUUGGGGACUUAAACGUCACUUGAACACCCACACGAAACCGUUCGUUUGUAUGUUAUGCGACUACAAGGCGGCUCGUUCGGAGCGGCUAGCCACACAUGUGUUCAAAGUACACAACAAGAAGGCUUGCAAUAAGUGCAACUUUUUUGCCGAAGACCAGGCACAAUUGAAUGCACAUCAACUAGAAGCUCAUCCCCAUGAAAGCACUACUACUACUAAACCCACAAAAGGUACAGCCGCAGGUACGAAUGAUACCUCCACGGGAUGUUCCACCAUUAGUGUAACAGGGAAUGUUUUAAGGAAUUUAGGCAAUACGUUUGUUCCAAACAAUCUUCACGGAAACACCAGUGGGAACACGUUUGGGGCGACGAACAACACUAACAGCUACCACACGACAGCAACUGCGAUAACCACAACCACUAGUACCGGGAAUAUACUAACAAACAGCAACGCGUCCAAUUUACUCGACACGAUUAACCAGCAUCUGGCGUCGACGACAGUUGUUGGAUCGGGAAACGGAUUAGGUGGAGGGGUUGGACUGGCGGCAACUCCUCAGCACCACACUCUUCACCACCAGCAACAACAGCAACAGCUGCAGCAACAUCAUCAACAACAACAGCAACAACAACCGCAACAGCAUCAACAGCCACAAACCCACCACUGGAUAGCCAAAGUGAACCGGAAAAGAGGAGCUGAGCUUCUUUUUAGCUAUCUGGAGGCAGAAGGAAGUGACUCAGAAGACUAUGCUCGCUUACUCAACAUGCAAGCGAUUGGUCGCAAUAAAGCAUCCGUUACGCAGGAUUUUCAUAACGCGGGAGGCGGAAACCACAACAUUAGCAAUAGCAGCAGCCGAAGCAGUAGCAACAGCAGCAGUAGCACCAGCACCAACCGGCUAUCACUUCUGGUAGCAGCAUCCUCAUCAGCAUCUUGCUCGCCGUCGUCGUCACCACCCUGGAGCUCGCCUACCCAGACGCCAACAGCAGUAGCUGCCGAUUGCUCAACGAAAUACCCAGAGGCACAGAGCCCUACGAACAGCAAUGUUGGCUCUACAAUACUUUCACCGCCGCCACCAGUGAGCAACCUAACGGAAGAGCAUCUUUCGUUACUUCAGCUACUGGCUACUGCCGCCGUUGCCCAGCAACAUCUGCAACAGAAGGCGACGUCGAUGACGACCAUCACUUCGCCUCCCGCGAGCCAUCCUCAACAGCAACCGAACCAUCAACAUCACUAUCAUCAUCAUCACCAAAAUAGUACAAAUAAUCAGAGUUCGACCGGUGAUGCCGGGUCGAAGCGACGUCGUAAAAGUAGUUCUCGAAAGGACAAGGAAAACCAAGACCACCGUCGUCCGCUUCCGGUUCUACCACUCGGUAGUAUGGGCCAUAAAGCUAUCGAUCUCAGCACUGUCGGUGUCGGAGCCAACGUCGUCGGCGGUAUGGCCGAAAAUGGAAUUGAACGAAAUAACAACAGCAGUAACAAUAACAAUAGUAGCGUUAACAAUAAAAAUAUAAACGAAACUAUUUUUGAUAGAGUGUAUAAGAAGCCGUACAACAUGUAUAUAGCCAGCGCUUUCUGCAAACCGAUCAUCGAGAAAGAUAACGAACCGGAAGAAGGCAAGGAAAACUUUUCUUUGGCAGAAUUCCUUCGAAACCAUAAGGAGGUUUCGAUCAGUACACUUGCUGGCAGUAAUAAACAAGGAGACAGCGAAGACGUGGUACUUGUCAAUGAUAAAUUAGAUCAUCUCGCUCAAAAGAAGCAAUUAUCUCACCAGGUUGACUUUCAAACGGAUACGGUUAUAGUAUCGACGAUCGAUGCCAAUCAAAUUGGUGAUAUUAGAGACAAACAUAUGAUUCGAUUAAUUAGUCGACGUCUGUGUUGUCGUAUCUGCCAGAACCAACAGCGCCUAGAGAACCUUGAUAAUUGUCAUUAUCACAGCAAAACUUCGCUAAUCCUGCAUACUAGGUGGCGCCACGGUGCUAUCUCAAAUCCCCAGCAACGAUGCAAACUAUGUAGCAAACAGUUUAGCCGUCGAUACAAAUUGAUUCUGCAUCAGAGACUGAAACAUCGUAAGUCGCAGAAUAACAAACGGUCAGCAAAGAAACCUUCGCCUCAAAUUGCAAUUGCAAAAAAAUGCGCAAAAGUGACCAAUAAAAGUUUGCAACGCAAGCAAAAAAAGCGAAAGCCUAAAAACUGGUCCUACAGUAAGAAGCGAAAGUAAAUUUGUUUGACAUCUUAGUCCGAAUGUAUAAAGUCGAUCAUUUCAUAUUGCGUGUAUCACUGCAGUGGCUACACUUGUAAAAAAAUAUUUCUUCGAAGAAACGUAUACACGAGAAGGAUUAUGUAAAGCCACUAUUAUAGAAUACUUCCAUCCGAGGAAGUGUUUCGGAUAUUUAUUUUCGCACAAAUAUUUUUUCCGGCUGGGCAUAUUUCGUAAAAUAAUACUGAACUCUAUUGUUUUAUCUAACAGUAGUUCAAAAUUAAAACCAGAGAACAAUUCGGCUGAGCCAAGUGUGCAAUUUAUUUUCUACGAUCCACCAAUCCACACAUUCAUUAUGAACGUACAAAACUGAUUGGAUUCAGAGUCGCAAGAGUCUGCGAAAAUUGAUAAAAAAUGCUUAAUAAGAAAUGGGAAAGAGAAGUCGAUUUACUUGAGAAGAAUAACAGCUUCAAAGCAGGAUUUUAUUUAAUUCGUUAUUCCACAGUACACUAGAUACGACGUAAACGAUAAGUGAGAAUAAUAGAUUAAAUUAACGUGUCAUAUACCCACAAACAGGGGUAAAUCGCAACAGAGCAAAACAAGAUAAUACCGAUUAUUAUAUAUAUUAUUAUUGUAACUGUUUGAUCAAUGUGAAUUCUUAAUAAAAUGAUAAAACACAGAGAACAGACGAGAAAUGGAACUGUGGAAAAAAAUAA